AUGAUAACCUUCUUAGCGAGUAGGGCCAUUGCUUAUAGCUCAAGAGUUGUGUGUUGCUGCUGCAAUUUUGGAGCCGCAAGCUGCAGGUCAAACCUUAAAACGCCAGGUUCCCGUUUGCCGGAUGAACCCAGUCCGUAUAGAUGUAUAGAUAUAUAUACUAUACUGACUUCAAUUGCUGUCCCUGGAUGCCAGACAAUUCAGCGACUUUUGGAAAUUUCGUCUAGUUUUAUUUGGUCAAAUGAUGGCACUCAGGCCGCCUUAAGACUACGAGAUCGAGUUACUGCAAUCAAACGUGUAAUUAAAGAGCCCGGGAUGAGCCCUCUGAGCAAUGAGGAAAAAAGAAGUUGCUUCUGCAAGAAAGCACAGAGCUGA